CCCCCCGCUCUCAGCUGAUAUGUACACAGACAGACAGAGAGAGAGUGAGACGGACAGGAAGAGAGAGAAGGAGCGAAGGAUUUAGCUCUACUAGGUAGGUAGGUAACUAAGACUACACCGACAGUGGGUCGAAGUGGGCGGCCUCCUCCUUGGUGGCGGUGCGGGUGGAGGGGUCGCCCUCAUUCCCAGUCGUCUUGCCCGGGAUGUCGGCCGCCGGGCGCUGGGGGGCGGCCUCGGGCACCGCCUUGAUCUCUGUCAGCGGACCCUCAUCGGCUAUCACGGGCAACUCUGACACACACACACACACACACAGAGGCCGUGUGCUUGUGGUGCUGCGUCUCUCUGUGUGUGUUGGGGGCGGGCCGCUGUGCAUGUGUGUGUGUGUGUGUCAGGGGUUAUUCUGUCAGUAAGGUUACCUUGAGCGAGGUGCUGUGCGGCCCUGUCCUGUGUGUCCUUAGUGGCGGUGAAGGCGCCCACACUGCCCAGCGAGUAGGCCAGCGUGUUGGCCACGAAGAUGAUGAAUGCCAACAUAUACUGACAAAUGGACAAACAGCCAGACAUACACACACAGACACACACACACACACACAGGGAUGACACACAAGAGGUACCUGGAAGCAGUCGCCCCCGUCGCGGAUGUGGAAGAAUGACUGGGCCGUCAGGCCGCUGCGGUCCUUGUAAUGGUAACCAAACCCCAUAGUCUGCAGAAACAAACAAACAAACAAACAAACCAACCAACCACACACACAGAGAGAGAAGCGUCUUAACAUUUCCACAUAAGCAAGCUUGCCUUCAUCGGCUGUGCUGACGCUGACCUGUCCGGCAGUGAAUACGGCCAUCAUGCCCGUGAGCACUGGGCCCACAGGGUGGUUGCGGAAUGGACCGAAGGCACUGGCCAGCGCCACAGCGCUGCUCACCAUGAGGUUGAACGAGUGGUGGAACACAAACGGCUUGGGAUCCUCGAAAUUGAGAAUACCUGUACAAUGUGCCACAUCCCCCCCUCUCCCUCUCUCUCCCUCGUGUGUGUGUGUGUGUGUGUGUGUGUCUGUGUGUGUGACGCACCGAGUGCCAUCAGGAAGCAGCCGGAUGCGAGCGCCCACACGGAGAAGGUCCAUGCGGCGCCGUUAUGGGCGUCGAUCCACUUGAGCGGGCCGACGAUGCGGUCCGAGUACACGGCGAACAGCAGCCAUACCGACGACACCACCACAAACAGCCACGCCACGGCCGUCUGCACACACACAAAGAGAAAUGGAUAGGGACAGAGAGAGAGGGAGAGAGGGAUGGAUGGGUGUGUUACCUGCAGGAUGUCCCAGCCGUCGUCAUUCCAGAAGAACUGGACGUUCUGCGGGUUGUCGGACCGGGUGGCGUAGACGAGCCCGGCGCCGGCGCACUGGCCGGCGAGCACCCAGCUCCAGGUGAGCAGGGCGAUGCUCGACAGCUUGUGGUCCCGCCACGGGUGGAAAUACAGCGACGUCAGGAGCAUCGCCGUGAUGAACAGCAGAUUGCCCCUGCACACACCACACCACACCAUAGGCCGAACACACAGAUAUGGUGGCCAUGGCGCCAUGGAUGGAUGGAUGAAUGGAUGCAUGUGCUGCUGUCCUGCUGACCAGUGGUUUGCUUGAAUCCACUGGUCGUUGCCCGCUGGGAGAAGAGACCCCACCCCACACACACAUAACACCCAGAGAUGACCACAUGCAUCCCAUGAUCCGAAUCUCAUGCCACACGCAUACCCUCGAUGGGGUCGUUCUCCGUAGUGGGCACAAAGCUGCUAUCGACGUCCCAGUCGUUAAGGGUCAGCAUGCCCGCCACCAGCAGCAGCGCGAUGAACAGGCCCGUACCCGCCAUCCAGCAGAUGACCUGUGUACACGCAUCAGGCAGGCAACCACAUCUCACACCCCUAAGGAUGAUGCGGUGAUGAUCCACAAACGAAUCUCACAUGGUUGCGCUGAGACUUUGGGAUGGUCUUGCUCAUGAAGAUGGUCUCGUUCCCCAUGGUUGAUUGACCACUAACACGGCUGCACAGCGGGGGAGAUGAUGAUGCAGGCGGGAAAAAC